AUGGCUCAAGCCCAACAUCCAAUUGCUACCGUCCUCUUUAUCUUAUUCAUCAUCUGGGUUGUUUUCCCCGACAGCGACUAUUCAAGCCAAUCUCUUAGUCUCUCUGAUCUUGCGCAGGAGAGGCUCGAGCAUUUCCAGGAUGCGCUAGACAUGCUCAACGCCUCGCGCUGGGGCGAUUUCACACCAGCCCCAGAGAAAGGUUCCAACGUGAAUUCUUCUUUUCUCAACAUCACGGGAUUUCGCGCCCAAGACAAUCUCACAUGGGUUGACUUGAAUAAGUUCCGUGAGAGGAGCCUGGCAUUCAGUCGACAUGCUGUGCCACCAGUAGGGGGCCACAACUUAUGGGACGCUGGGGAAGGCGAGCCCAUGUGGAUGAAUGUUUCGGGAACUGUCCAUGGAGAAUGGGUCAAACGAAAGGGUUCAGUGCCCAGAAGUUAUGAUAGUUACAACCUGAGCAAAACUGCCCCUGGCUUGGACUGGAUUGGGGAUCAUGCCUCCUGGGCACGAAACAUCACUGGCCGCACUGGUCGCAUUAUGCUGCGCCUUGAAGCCAACAAGACAGUCAGCGAAUAUGAACAGCUACCGGCUCAAAGUGGUGUCCCUGUUGCUGGCGGCCUCAUACGAAGUGUUAGAGGCACAACAACUAUCGAAGACACAUACGGAUCCGGUCAUGAUUGGGAAACGAGGUUGUGGGGAGUCCAUUGGCCCCGUCAAGGUGUCGUUUUGAUGACCACCACCAGUGAGAAGUUUGGAGGCAUAUUCGGCUUACCACACUUGACUCCCAGCGAGGACUUCUUCCAGUCAAGUCAGAAGUUGUUGAACGAAUCGAUUGCCCGUACAAUCUCAAAGAAGAAAGACAAAAUUUAUACAGAUCAAACAGCCCCCUGGACUUCAGACUUGGAAAACCCACUAUACACCAACAACCCAUCGCCACACUGCGAAUAUAUCAUGUAUGCGCAGGUCUAUCCACCAAGUCGAAAUCACUUCAAUCUGGAUUCCGAGGAAUUGUCCAAUGAUGUUUUACAGUCCGUUAUCAGCAGCAUCGAAUCAGAAUUAAAGUCGCCUGUGGGCGCACCUAUUCCCAAAAUCCCUAAGCUCCAAAUGUCGGUCGUUAUCUACUCCCCAGACUGCGGGUUCUUCCUCGAGAGCAAGGGGCCGCCAGACUUUGGUCCAAGUGAAGCUCAGCAUUUGUCUGGGAUGAAGUUAGAGGUUCAGGUCUACCAAGUGAAGGCAUGGAUUCUCGUCUAUGCAGCUAUCAUGUUUGCUCAGGUCUAUCUGCUCAAGAAUCAGAUGCGUGAGUCUUGCACUCCUUCAACAAUGGGCCGUGUAAGUUUCUGGACCAUCGCCACCAUGCUCAUGGUUGAUGGUAUGACCUUCACUGCUGCAGCUACCUGGGUGUCCUCGGCUGGUUCUACCUUUCUUCCCACUCUGGCCCUAUUGCUCGCAGCCUUCCUGUCUAUGACGAUUGGCGGAAGUUUCUUAUCAAAGGUUCAUGAGGUUCAGAUUCCUGAAGCUCGACCUCGCAGAGAACGGGAUCAGAAUGCGGGCAGUACAGGUAACAACUCCAAUGCUGCAGUCUCGCCCGCUACGGGACCGAACACGGCUGAUUCUGCUCCGCUCUUACCCAACCCUGAUGCGGCGCGUCACACACUCACGCCUCGGCCUUCAGCUCCAGCUCCGCCGCCUCCACCAUCACAGCCCGUCAUUGUCCCAUCCGAUCAAGGUAUUGACGCUGAGAUCGCUGCUUCAGCAGCCGCUGUCCCUGGUGCCACAACCGCGCAGCGCGCAGAGGAACCUCCACUAUCAUUCCAGAGCAUCAUUGGCCGUCUCAUCCUCGCCUCUCUGUGCAUCAUAUUCCUAGCCAUCUCUUCCACAACAUGGUACCCCAACUUACGCUCCAUCUUUUUGAACCUCUGUGUUUUCGCCUAUCUUUCCCUCUGGGUCCCUCAAAUUCGCCGCAAUAUCAGGCGCAACUGUCGUCGAGCCCUCGCAUGGCCCUUUGUCGUUGGCCAGUCCAUUCUACGUCUUCUCCCUGUGGCAUACUUCUGGAUCAAAGAGGACAACUUUCUGUACGCCCGCACCGAGCGACACGCAUUCCUUGUCCUCUGUGCCUGGGUUUGGAUACAGCUCGUCAUCCUUGCCGCGCAAGAUAUAAUCAGCCCCCGUUUCGGCGUUCCUGCAGGUUGGGCCCCUGAUGCUUGGGAUUACCACCCUCUUCUCCGUGAAGACGGCCUGGAGGCUGGUGGCUUACCAAUCGGUCUCGUUGCAGACGACACACCUGGUAUCGAACGUGCCCGUUCUUCGAGUGAUGAUAGCAGCAAGAAGCAAAGCUCGACGAGGAGCAUAGACUGUGCCAUCUGUCGUGAGAUCCUUGAGGUGCCGGUACUUACAGCCGAGGAUGAAGACACAGGCGUUGCAGGCGUCUUUGCUCGUCGUUUGUACAUGGUCACGCCUUGCAGGCACAUAUUCCACAGCGGCUGCUUGGAGGGCUGGAUGAGAUUUCGGCUUCAAUGCCCCAUAUGCAGAGAGGAGCUACCGCCACUCUGA